UUUUUGUUAAAGUUAAGUUUCAUUUCUGGUGAUGAAAUAUUUUCUGCAGGAAACCCUUUUCCAUGAUUUUAGCCCACCCUAUUUUUUAUCCUAUGUUCAUGUCACAAGAGUGUGCCCCCAACGAUGCGCAAAUCUAUCUACUCUUUUACAUAAACUAUCAAAAGGAGGGGAAUCACAACAUUCACUUUCACGCACGUCGACUCAGCACAUUCAUGCACAUGCUCUUCAACUUCUUCAUAUCCAGUAAAUUUUUUUCGAACCUCCAGAAUUCGAAUUGAGACAACAUCGUUGUUGCUCAAAUCAAUCAAAAAAGAAGAGAAAGACUGUAUCAAGCCAAGGAAAAUCCCCACACAGUGCGCGCGUAAGCGUAUUUCCAGAACAUCGGGACGACGAGGUGGAAGAUGGGCAGAGACAACGGGAAGUUUCUUGUUGACCGCGGCGCGACUGUUCGCCAGAACAUAGAAGUGACCCAGCAGUUGCAGGAUAAAUUUGGUAGCCGAUUGCGCACGUUCUCCCGAUCCCGGAAUCAUUCUCCGGAAGCGCGUGACGAUAGUCCAAACCGCUUUUUAGAGGAAGACGCUUCGCUCGCCGAUCGUCCACAACUACGACAUGUUCGGACGAUUGCAGGCCAACCACGGCAAUCUAUAGAGACCGGCGAAGCACAGAACAAGGAAGCACGCGAUCAAUAUGAGGGAGACGACUUUUCGAGCAUGAGUGGGAUAGAUCAAGCGGGUGUCAAGUUCCUAUCAAGUGCGGUGAAAGCGCUGCCGCAUGUUCCGUCAUCUGGAAGACACACGAGCAAUGGGCAGAAGAUUGAGGAUAUUCUCAAGGAAAGAGAAGAGCAGGCGUUCAAAAAUCGCCAAAGCAGAGACGGUGGUAAAAGCGCUGCAGCGGGUGCUAGUACUUCUCCCAAGGGUCGUGACGCCGCCGGUACGGCGAAAUCGCCAAAGGCUGCAGUUUCGCCUCCGCCACCCAAAAAAAGUGUUCAAAUCGAUCCUGUGCCGGCGGCCAGCCCCACGAAUGCGAAGAAGGCCACAGCGAAGCAAGGAGGCUCAGCUGCAAGUGACGGGAAGUCAAGGGGGGUUCAAAGCGUUGCCGCCGGUGGUGCAGGUUCAUCUAGCACACCAACCGGAUCAGCUAGCAAUAAAGCAGCCAAAUCAAGCACGUCUGGUGAUGGUGCAGCAACGUUUUCGAAUAGUGCGAAUGCAGGCGCAUCUACCUCUCCAACGAGUGGAGAUGCAAGCACGAAAGGCAACUCCAAUGCGAGUAGCUCGAAAAAAGUAGCACCUAAAGCGAGCCGUUCCGGCUCCGCUACGACAAAAGGCGGCUUGCUCGGUGGUGCGGGGAAACAAUUACUCGGGUCCGCCGCUGGCGGUGCAGCAGCUUCGCCUCGGCGUGCUGCGCCGGGCCUUGUCUCAGCAGGGACAGAUCUUGCCCAAUCCUUUAAGGACUUCGUUGACCCGAGCAGUGAAACGAAUCCUGAUUUCUAUGCCAAGUUCCUUAGUCAAACAUUUCUGGAUUUUCAUCAGCAUGGUUACAUCAAUAUGGCAAAGUCGACAGCUGUUGGCGAUGUCUACUAUGCCCACGAGCAAGCGAAACCAAAAACAGAAACCGACGACGAAACUGGUCACCCUGCAGCGAAUUUAGCUGCUGGUAUAGUUUUGCAGCAUAAGUAUCGUGAUUUAGCUUCCUUCUCCUCAUGAUCAAAAUCAGAUUAGUACCAAAUACUAAUACCUAUACCAUACAAAUACCUGCUUACUAUUUCCAUCGCUGAUGAAGUUGAUGUUACUAGCGACUUAUAUGCAAAAUUAGAUGUGAAUGUGUACGAUACCGGAAACUGUGGCUCUCAGAGUCAAAUUGCGUAACCAAUGAACUAGUAGAACUAGAGCUUGUAACCACAAUGGCCAUUCUUGAUGUCGAGAAUCUGAAUCAAAAUAUCAAUCUAAUGAGUAAUAUCGAGUUUCCCCAUUCCCUUCUCUUCAGGUCUUCUUUUAGGUGGUGGUCUUGGUAGCAAGUUGGGAAAGACGAAAGGAGAUCCAGCUGCGGCGUCGAUGAGUGCACUUUUAGUUCAGAAAAAGCGUGGAUCAAUGUUGGCGUUCUCAGCGUUUGGAAACGCUAGUAACAAGCCCGGCCAAGCACCAAGUCGAGACCAACUGCCCCCGGGGAUGACGUACGGGCAUGCGAGUGGCAAGAAGAUCAAGAGUUACCUCCCAAGCGGUUCGUACAAUGACUGGCGUUAUCAAACGGGUCCGGCUGACCCCCCUCGCACAAAUGUACCCGCGGGUUCCUUGUCUGGUGGUUAUGCUGACUUACAGCCAUUCUUGGUGGAUCACGAAGCAAACCCAGCUCGGUAUCCGCCAGUGAAGGGUCCGGGGACCAGCUAUCCACCGCGAAGCCACUACGACGUCGGGAGUCCGGCUUCGCCACUUUUCAGCGGCGGUGAGAAAUCACUCGGAAGCACGCUGUCCAGCACUUUCUUGUCAGCGGGAACUGGCGGCGUGACUCGAGGACGCGAGCGAAAGCCGCCGCGGCUCACGCCUCUAGGAUCUUCGCCCUCCGCAUCGCCGAAGAACAUGAAAAAGCGAACUAUCUCCGCUGGUGCCGAUCCUGCCUCUUCUACAUCUCCUGUGCGCAACAAGGGCUCUUCCUCCGUAGUGGAAAAUACAGAAGCAACAUCGCCUGGCGGUGUGCGUGUGGUAGAGGCCGACGCGGAAUCCCCAGGAGGGUCUUACUUCGCACCUUCACCAGGAUCUCUUAGUCGAACGUUAACACAAACUGGGUGGAAGGACUAUCUUCGGGGAACGUCGCGGUCACAUUUGACAGCGCCUAUCCAGACACGAGCGUGGAAUCGGCCUGCGCAAGUGAAUGCUCGUACACAACGACGCAAGGCGGUGCCGGAGAAAGAGCUGGAGUUGUGGGUCGCGCUGGCCGAGCGGCUGCUGCUUCUGGGCAGUUACCUGGCACGCGAUGGCAACGCGAAUAAAAGCAACAACUGCUCUUUUUUCAUGGAUCGCGCGGAGCUUCGGAGCGUACUGGAAUGGUUUCUGGCACGCGACGGCUUCAGUCUAAACGAUGCGUCAGUGAACACCCUCCUUGGAAGUGGACGAGUUCCGCUCAACGACAUCGCCUUGAUUCAGGACUUGUUUCGCAAGCACGAGAAAGCACUUAACGAAUACCGCAAAGAGCACCCAAGGGCUCUCCCAGAGUCCUUGCGAGACACACUACAGAUUCCCUUGAGCUCGCCAAUGCCAAAAGAGCUAGAGAAGACGUUGCAGCCGGCGCCAGCACCCCUUGCACCAGACGAACCAGUGCGCGCAGCGACGAACAUCGUUGGCAACGCGACGCUGAACGACGGGCUUUCCACCACGACAAGUCUGGGCACGAGCGAAGACGAAAUCCAGGCCGCAGUCGAGUUGCUCCCCUUGCGCGACGUUACCAUUUGCACGCAUUUCCUAGCGGAGAUGAAGACCGCAAAGAUGCAAAUCCUCCAGCUCCACGCUGAGGCCGCAAGCCCGAAACACACAAGUAGCGUGAGCGGGGCGCCCACAGUGACAGCUACUGUGCAGUCCUCCUUCAAUACUUCAGCUUCCUCGUCGUUCGCUCGCGCGGGUUCAUCGGGAGCCGGCCCCAGCGGACUGUCAGGUCCUGGCGGAGGUCUUCCUGGUGGCGCAAUAAAUAGUUCUACUUCGGGAGGCGGUAGAACUUCGGGCACCUUCUUUUCCCAGGCGGCGCCUAAGACGUCUCUAGCGCAGGGAAACGCACGCCUCGAGAUGUUGCAAAAGCUUCCUAAGGCGGAUCGUCAGAAACUCGUAGACGACUUUUUGGUUGACUACAUUCACCGGCAGCAGGAACAGCAACGCGUGCUGAUCAACUUGUCGCGCACACUGAUUCACAGUCCGAGAAUGUCGCGGAAGGUCGCACGCCGUAACCUUCAGCCCGGCGCGCAGGCCGAGGGGCGCAUGAGCUACAGUGACGCGCAACCGGGUAGAAACUUUGAUUUGGCGGCUAUCCGUAGCUGCGUGACCGGGGGACGUCAUCCGCAGCCAUCGGUCGUGGCCAGCAAACGACUUCUGAAAAAGAGCCGCAACUGCGGCAAAUCGUUCUUCGGCGUAGCAAAUUACGGAGCGUCACUGUCAGAUGGAGACGAGGAUGAUUUUGAACAACGUAGAACCUCGUUUGGCGGAGUCGAGCAGGUGGACAUUCUGGAAAAUACCACAGGAUCCUCCGUAUUCGAUCAGACGAUGAACAUGAGCACGACCGCAGGCCUCGGCUUGCAAGCUCUGCUAGCCUACAGCGAAACGCAAGAACUCGCGGCGCAACAUGUGAGCGCGCCAAAGCACGCAGCACUGCCGACUGGCCAUCACAUGAUUCGCAGCGCAGUUGACUUGUCGCUCGAUGGCGACGUCAGUUCUCCAACGUCAAAGUCUCUGGCUUCGUCGCCAACCGCAUCAAAGAGCAAUAUGAACAUGGCUGGAGGUGCCACUGCUAGUUCUAGGAACGGAGCAGACGGUCACCAACACCAUCAGCGACGACAGCUCAGCUUGCUCCAGCCGCUCCUGGCUAAGGCAGGCGUGCGCGAUGCGGGUAUGAAUUUUCCGGCGGGAACUGAGGUUUCCGAGGUCCUACUCUCGUACCUUCGCGACCGACUUCUAGCUCGAAGCGGCAAUGCCGGAGAGCUUCAGAGUCGUGCUACAAGGCAAUCCAAGUCAACACGCGGAAACGCCCACGCGAUGCACUCCGGAUCGGACCCCUACUAUUUCCACUUCGACGAGGAAAAGAAGCUCCUUUAUCAUGCAAACUACGAGUAUGAAGACUUUGGAGAUUUCGUCUUCAGCGCAUUCCAGGAGGAAAACGACUACGAAGCCAAAGUCCGAAAGGCUUCGGAAGCCUCGAAGCAGGAAAGCGGAUCACAAGCAGAUCAACAUGGUGCAGACUCCGACAAGCAAGAGGAUGCGCGGAUGGCAAGGAAUUUUUCACGAUGUACAUGUAGCACGAUUGGCGUUAAUAUGCCUUCGCCGGGCAGUCAUUUGCCACGCGUCGACGAAGAUGGGAGACCUGAGUCCUCGGGUGACAGUCCGGAUUCACCCUCCUCCCACCCAAUGUUGAAUGCUUCCUUGACUUUCACGUCAACCAUGUUCAACACUUCCUCUACGAAUGGUCUGCUACCGCAGCAGCCCCCGACGCCCCACCCUUCGGCGCAGCAAGGGCCUUUCGCCUUUGUUCACAAGCACCAACCGGCGCCGCCGACGAUGACCAAAGAGCAGGAAGCGCGCUAUCACACCGAAGUGCGUACUGAGCUCGCAACGUUGUUGCAGCAAAAGCAAAAGCGCGUUGCGGACACCUUUGUGGUCGCUUACGACGCGAGAAACUUCGUGAAGCACCAACAAUUGCAACGCGCCUUCGCGGGCCCUGCGCCUGGAGGCAAUAACGCUGGCUCUCCCUCCGGCGGCGGGUCCUCGAAGAGAGGUGGUAAAAACGAAGAACCGGAAAACGUGAUCGUGGUGAAACAACCAAGGAAGAUUCCGAACUACAUGAAGCCAAAGAACAGCGCGAGACCGUCCGACUCGGAAAUAGCAGCACAACAAGCACAGGCACUGUUGUUAGCACAGCGCGAGCAAGAAAAAACGCUGUUCCACACGACCGAUUUCAACUACGGAGCGCUGUUGAGUCCAGCACUUCUACAGAGCUCCACGUCCAUUGCUUCGCUGUCAACAGGCCUUCCCCCGGGCGCAGGCUCGACCAUGAUGUCCUCAAUAAUGAGCGCAGAAGCGAGCGCACCCUCGGUAUUUUGGCCAAGCGCUCUCACUGUCUCUGACCAGUACGUGCGGAAUGAGACGCAAUUCCAAGGUGCGCUGGAACCAGACACGCACAUUCUGAACGUACGAAUCGCCAAGAUUUUGUUGCAGAGCGACGUCGCAGAUGAGAUUAUGGAGACGCAGAGGCAAAUGGAUAAGGCAGGCUCAGCCUCCGGUGGCGCGGCCGGAGCUAACUCGGCGCAGGAUAUGGCUCGCGCUUCCGCUGAGACGAAAAAUCUACUCGGACAGUGCAAGGAGAUGCUCGAAGAAGUCUUACCGCGUGUUUUGUCUGUUGUCUACCGUCGCGACAGCGACGAUGAGGAGGAGGACCCGUUUGGGGCUGCUACUCGGGAUGACAAAAAUACAAACAAGGACAAAGCGAGCAACAACAACGGGCCGCCACCACUUGUGGAUGUUUCGUUGGCCGUCUGGACCAAGCCGCCAACCUAUAUCAUCGCACGCAACCGCAUGAAUUUGCGUGCACGCUACCACCCCGAGAAGCGUUUACUGCAGAUUGAGACACACAUGCAGAGUCUUGCGCAGCGCCGACGCGACGCGCUGGAGCGCAGGAAGGAGAUGCUGGAGCGCGAACAUGCGUCCUUGCUGGCGAAGUAUGAAACCAAGAUGGCGCGCGCGUGGGCUAAAGAAGCGAAUAUUUCCAUGAAUCCGGUCGAAGACAACGCACGACAGCGCAAAAAAGCCCUCCAACGAGUUUGGCCAGUGUGGAUCCAACUGGCGCUCUCGGCGAAGUUCUUCGAGGACAUUGCGAUUCCCAGUGAAGAGGAGAAGAAGUUCUUGGAUUCGGUCCGAGAGGCCCAGAACAAGGACACUUCUGACAAAUCUUUGAUGGAUAUCGUGAAGGCGGCAGACAAAAUUGAGAUCCGGCCCAGCGCGAAUCGCGGCGAGGUCGACCGGCCUUCCAUACAGGUCCUUCGGGCACAAAAGGAGCUUGGCGCUCAUCCGCUUGAUACAAAAAUUGCGAUGCAGCGUUACUUCGCGGAAAACAAAAACCGCCAGCUGUUCUGGCUCUUCUUCCUCGCAAAAUGCAAGCUGAAAGUGCAGCUUGGCCGCCGCCGCGGGGGAGCGCGUAUCUGCUUGCAUUUUUUGGAGAAGUUCGGCAGUCCACAGUAUCGCUUCUUCUUCCGCGCCAUGAAUUUCUCGUACCAAGCCCGCGCAGUGCAACGCUCCUUUCGGUUUUUCAAGUUCAACCGUGGCUGUACCAUUCGUGUGUUGCACAAGCAAUGGGUGCGAGUAGAACGAGCAAUCACGGGCGCUGAACUUCGGCGCGCAGAUGAGCUGCAAGAACGGGCGAGCAUCCUUGACGAAAAACUUGAAGAGGCUAUGCGCAGAACUGAAGCGGUACAGGACAUUUCGGCGUUUUUCAAUAAAGCAUCUUCUGCAUCUGCUACACUGCUGCUAAUCCUGCUCAUCUGGCUCUUGCAAAAAAGACUUCAUCCUCUCUUUCCUGAUACUGAUUCUGAUAGACAUGAUAAUUUUUUCUAGUCGUGGCUGAUCAUCAAGAACAUCAUUCGGCAGAAGAUAUAUUAAACAAGUGCUCAUACUAACUCACAACAGGCACUUACGGGUAAGAAGGAAGCUCUUGCACUAGCGACGUCAAUGAACAGCCCACGGUCGUCGCGCUCUCAUGGCGGAUUCCUGCCAAAGCAAAAAACGAAAUCACGUAGGGAGUUCCGCAGCGCCGAAGAUAUUAGAAAGCAGUGGCACGAUAGAGUCACGGCAAAUCUCAUGUCAGAGCGCGAGUUUCUACACUUCAUCAUCCCAGAACUUCGCUACAGAAGGUAGUAUGAUUGAGAUUGAGACUGUUAGCUAAAACUAAAGCUACAGUCGUCAAAGGUCAAGGUGUACUGAAAGAUUUUCGUACUCGUUGUAGAUCUAGAUUUUCUUUUUCAACUUCCAAUUAUAUUUUAUAAUAAUGAUUCAAGGACGUCGCCGUAUUUUUUGACUCAGUUGCUGUUCAACGUGUGUGCAUGAAGAUGAAAGACAUCUGCGUUGACUUUAAAAUCCAAUCGACCUCUUUUCUCUGCGUCUGCUUCUCCCUCCGUCUCGAUUAGCCUCUACAAGAGCUAGUCUACUGCGUAUUCUUCUACUUUUGUGACCAGGUACCACCACAUGUUGCGAUUGGAUGAAUACAAAGAGGAGGUGAAAAUUUACACGCGUGAGCUUGCAAAGUGGCAGCUAAAGAAGGAGGUUUACGACGAAGCGAAGGAACAGGGAAUGACUAAGCUUCCGGAGUUACCGGAGCCACCGAUACAUCCAAAACGACCGGACAACACCGCCACACACGCUGACCUUGUGGAUAUGGUCACCCGGGCAAGAAUGUAGUCUUUAAUUGUUUUGCCCUUGCUUUUAGUUUUUAGAAAUAGAAUGUACUGAUUUUUUAGCUUUUGCUAUUAAGUUGAAGUUGUAGAAGAUGACUUCUGACAACGGCAAUGGCGUCUUUGUAGCAACAUAUUUAAGCAUUUGUGCAACAUUUCAAGAACUGAAAGAUAGAGUAACAACUAGUAGUCUUAUAUAUAAUCUUAUUGUUUUUUACUUUUUCAAUAACAAUCAUAUCAUGUUAGAUGUGCGUCUGGAUCAACAUUAAAACGCGUAUCAUGUACGUUUGUGGUUUCUCUUAAGACUAUUUUUGUGUCUAGUUGCUUACUGCUCCUACUGGUAAUGCUGCUUGCUCUACAACUACUACAGAUCUGUGGACAAUUAUUUGCGUGUGCAAAGCGACAACGCGGUGGAGGAGGAAAAGGCGCAGGAGGAGCAUAAACAGUUGCAAGAGCUGCAUGAGAUUGGACGGCAUCGAAAGCAGGCAAGAGCAGCGUGGGAUAUCUUGCUCGCUAAGCAGUCUGACCAGUGGGACAGCGAUUUCAGGGAGAGCCUAAAUUACACUAGUGCGCUAGUGCUCGACGAUGAUGGGUUCGAAAGUAGCUUCGACAAGAUGUUGAAUGAUCAGAAGGCUGGCGCAGUACAGAUGCGGCAACAGCGAAAGCCGAAGCCAUCGUCUCAGUCGCCAACAGGAGCUCGCGUCGGCGCUAGCGGAAGUUCGCUUGGACGACGCGGGUCAAUGAAGAGCAGUGACAGCAGUGUCAACAUGGGAGGAUCCGAGUCAACAGGGGUGUGGCCUCCGCCGAAUGUGACGUUGAGCACGCACCCAAACGCCGUGAUAUCCUUGAGCAGCGGUCCUGGUAUGGGACGAACCGUGGUGCAACCGCAAGAGGGCGCCGAUGGCGCUGCUGGAGACCAAGACGCACCCUCACCGCUGAGUCCAGCGGAUGUCCCUCAGCAAGCUUUGAUCGGAAGCAACCUCUCCCCAAGGCAGGUGGUUGAAAAGCUUGCGCGCCGCUCGGGUCAAUUCAAGCUGAAUCGCUUCGGACGCCCUAAGAACGUGCUGUUCUCCGAGGGCAAACCGGUGAAAGGAAAGGGAGUAGACCACAUCGUAGAACCGGAACUCGACUUCAACAAGACGUUUUUGAAUCACCAAGACGAUAUGCUGUUCCACGUCUACAAAGGUGAACCGAUCGUUGCGACAGACCGCUUCAAUGCCUGGUGGCCGACCCCAGAAAUGCUCAACGAGUUUUGAGUCGAAUUCGAUACAUUAAGAAGUACUAGUAGGAGUAGCUGUACUACUAGCCUUUAUUGCCUGUGAGUGAAAAAUAAGCAUAAACAUUUGGAUUUGGUAGCAGGAGCAGGCGAUUGAGCUAGUUCUUCUACAGGCAUUCAUUAUUCAUAUUCAAAGAAUGCAAGUAUAAUUGGGAAGGCGAUUUUUAUGUCAGUUUACACAAAGAUGCAGAUGGGAGAACUUGUAGUUACCAAUACUAAGACUAGCUCGUGGAUCUUGACCAGUGAUAUCGAAAAUUGCAAAACAAAACCUUAAGCUUAACAUUCAAUGAAUGAACUGUAUUAUUCUACUACUUUGGAUUUCUUGUAUACUAGGACCGUUGGAAAAAGUGAUAGCUCUGUAGAUCCACAUUUCUUUGGCUUUCUCGCUUCUUAGAAUCAUGAUAUUAUUCAUUGGAAACGAUCAUCGAUAUGGAAAAACUCAGAACGUAAAAAACCUGAAGUAAGUAGCUGAACAAUUACCAUUACGAUGUACCAAAGUAAGACAUUGCUGGACAUGAAAGUCGACGAAUGAAUGUAAGUAUAUCAUUUGAGAAAUUUGUAGAAGUCAUCUUUUAUGUUACUAGUUCGUUGUAGUAAACUGGAGCACGACAUCAAGACAAGCUAAUACACAUGGGUACUCAUUGAUCGUUGAUCAUGCAACGAUACGAUAAAAAGAGGGGCAAACUUUGGCAUUAGAAUCUCGGAAACACAAACAUAUGACCUGACCAGGAGAAAGAAACCAUCACUACAGACACUGUUUUCAUGUACUUUCUUGUUGCAUCCAUGAUGAUGUGAAAAU